UGCGGCGCUCCAGGCGGAACUUUCCAGAACGCUCGGGGAAAAGGCGGAGGAGCGGCGGCUGCCCGAGUUGCGCACGGCAACGCGCUCCUUUCCGCUCCCCCACACCGGCAUCGGCCCUCUCACCGGCUGUAGGAAAUGGUGAAAGAAACCACUUAUUAUGAUGUUUUGGGGGUCAAACCCAAUGCCACCCAAGAAGAAUUGAAAAAGGCUUACAGGAAACUGGCCUUGAAGUACCACCCUGAUAAGAAUCCAAAUGAAGGAGAGAAGUUUAAACAGAUUUCUCAAGCUUACGAAGUGCUCUCUGAUGCAAAGAAAAGGGAAUUAUAUGACAAAGGAGGAGAGCAGGCAAUUAAAGAAGGUGGAGCAGGUGGCGGUUUUGGCUCCCCCAUGGACAUCUUCGACAUGUUUUUUGGAGGAGGAGGCAGGAUGCAGAGAGAAAGGAGAGGUAAAAAUGUUGUGCAUCAACUCACAGUAACCUUAGAAGAUUUAUAUAAUGGUGCAACAAGAAAACUAGCUCUGCAAAAGAAUGUGAUUUGUGACAAAUGUGAAGGCCGAGGUGGUAAGAAAGGAGCAGUAGAGUGCUGUCCCAAUUGCCGAGGUACUGGAAUGCAAAUAAGAAUUCAUCAGAUAGGACCUGGAAUGGUUCAGCAAAUUCAGUCUGUCUGCAUGGAGUGCCAGGGCCAUGGGGAGCGGAUCAGUCCUAAAGAUAGAUGUAAAAGCUGCAAUGGAAGGAAGAUAGUUCGAGAGAAGAAAAUUCUAGAAGUUCAUAUUGACAAAGGCAUGAAAGAUGGCCAGAAGAUAACAUUCCAUGGUGAAGGAGACCAAGAACCAGGACUGGAGCCAGGAGAUAUUAUCAUCGUUUUAGAUCAGAAGGACCAUGCUGUUUUUACUCGACGAGGAGAAGACCUUUUCAUGUGUAUGGACAUACAGCUGGUUGAGGCAUUGUGUGGCUUCCAAAAGCCAAUAUCUACUCUUGACAACCGAACCAUAGUCAUCACUUCUCAUCCAGGUCAGAUUGUCAAGCAUGGAGAUAUCAAGUGUGUGCUAAAUGAAGGCAUGCCAAUUUACCGUAGACCAUAUGAAAAGGGUCGCCUAAUCAUUGAAUUUAAGGUAAACUUUCCUGAGAAUGGCUUUCUCUCCCCGGAUAAACUCUCUUUGCUGGAAAAACUCCUACCUGAGAGGAAGGAAGUAGAAGAGACUGAUGAAAUGGACCAGGUAGAACUAGUGGACUUUGAUCCAAAUCAGGAAAGACGGCGCCAUUACAAUGGAGAAGCAUAUGAGGAUGAUGAACAUCAUCCUCGAGGUGGUGUUCAGUGUCAGACCUCCUAAUGGGGCCAGUGAAUAACACUCACUGCUGGCAUUUUAUUUGCAGUAGUGGUUGAGUGAAGGACUAUAAUCAUAAUAUGCUCACUUCUUGCUAUUGUUUGUUUUAAUAUUCAACUAUAGUAGUGUUUUAAAAGUUAAAUGAAGAAUAAACUCGAAUAUAAAAGCUCUGA